AUUAAAAUCACCAUUUUUGGUUCUGUAGUUUCUAAAGAAGGGCUAAUGACAUUUCAGACAAAAAUAUACCGGCCAUCCCAAUUUCGCGAUUCUGGCAUUUAUGGCUGGAACUGCAGGUGCCACGGGGGCUUUCGUUGGAACACCAGCCGACGUUGCUCUCGUAAGAAUGACAAUAGAUGGAAGAUUACCAGUGGGUAAUAAUCAAUUUUACACAAGAUAAUUAGCGCAUUGAUUUUUAUCAAUGUUAAAAAAACAUUUUUUAGACUAAAUCGCUAAUGUUUUCAACGCUUAGAACAGCGAAGAAAUUACAAAAAUGUGUUUGACGCCUUCGUUAGAAUUGUCAGAGAAGAAGGACUAUUUACUCUCUGGAGGGGAACUGUAGCUACGAUGGGAAGAGCUGUUGUCGUUAACGUUUCGCAACUGGCCACUUACAGUCAAGUGAAGCAUGUAAUCGCGUCACGAAUGAACGUUAAAGAAGGUGUAGGCUUACACUUCGGUGCGUCGAUGGUAUCGGGAUUCAUCACUGCCUUCAACUCCAUGCCUUUUGAUAUUGCUAAAACCAGAAUCCAAAACAUGAAGAUUGAUAAACCUCCGGGCAUGAUCUCGAUUAUGAUGUCAAUUGCGAAAAACGAGGGAAUAAGGUUUCUUUGGAAAGGUUUCUGGCCAACUUACUGUAGGAUUGGUCCGCACACGGUACUGACUCUCGUUAUCAAUGAGCAACUGAUGCGUUUAUAUAGAAUAUAUUUUUAGUGAUAAAAUAAAUUGUUUGAUUUAAAUAAAAAUCGUAUUUUUACGUAUAACAACACACGCUCAUCG